GAUGGCGGACGAUUUGGACGUGUUGCAGAAAGACUGCAAAUUUGAGUUAAUUUUUCCUUCAAAAGAGCCUACAAACUGGCUUGAUGUUCACCACAUUUCACCCAGAUGUAAAAUUUACUCUGGAGAGCGAGUAAGUUUUGCUCUUCUAGUGCAGUAUGUCGGUGAAAAUCACUGCAAGGAACGGGUACAAGAAUGGCAGUCGGCAAUACGUUCCAUACAUUGCAAAGCGCAUAUCGGCUGCUCUGUAACUGAAAACAAUGCACUCCCAAUGUGUGUUACGAAAUCACCUGGCCGAUCGAAAUCGGGUGGGCGGAGUCACAGCUCCAGGCAGUAUAACUCAUUAAGUAGAUCAGCUAGAAUUUGCAAACCGUUUGAAACAUUCAACACUGGAAAAACUGCCACCAGAGAGAGUGACCCAAUCGUACACAAUGAUAUUGUCAUCUUUCCCCUGAGUGCUUCACUGAACACCUUGCCAAGUUCACUGCGUACCCUGACUGUUUCAGUCCACCUCACAAGUCAAGCUGCAUCCCGUAAAUACCCAAGAGAAAACAACUACCGGUACUUUGAUUUUCUCAUGCAGUUACCUAUGGAAGAUGUCUUUCAGCUACAGCGCCCUCUGCUAAAAUGCACUGUGAAAGCAGAGUUGGCAGUACUACCUCCGCCUGAAGUUCGAUUCCAGCAUGUGGCUGUGGCUGGCAAGCAUUUUCUUAUCAUUAAGGUUAGCAAUGACUAUGCAGAGAGGCUGAUCAUAGACCAGGUUGAUGUGUUAUGGAAUAAGAACCACAGUCUACAACAUGCGUCCCAUCCAGCCUGGCUCCACAAGACAGAUCAAGCUUCAGAAAAUGAUGUGGUGGAUGAGAUGGAUAGUACAUUCAUAGAGUUGGUUCCUAGUCCUACAUACCACACACCGUCAUCACUUCAACCAUUAGAGCAACAUGCAUUUGUCUUCCAGCUUCAUUUCAGUCAAUUCUGGAGAAGCACACCUGCUAAGGGCAUUGAGUUGCCUUUGUUACUGAGUAUCACAUGGCUUGUGCAAUCUAUGGUGGAUAAGCAAACCGUCUGCACUCACUACUCACUGCCAAGUCUGAGAUUGGACUUUCCAUCUUUCAUCAUGUCUGCACUGUGUCCGUCACCCAUACAGGUUGGCAACAGUUUUAACAUGAACUACACAUUACUAAACAAUCUUCAAGACUUCUUGGGAAUAACAUUACUGUGGAUGCCUGGCAAUCGUUCUAUGACAGAUACAGAUGAGACAUCGUCCAGAUUCAUUGAAGAGGCUAUAGUAUGUGAACAACCUAAGAUGGAUCUUGGAGUUUGUCAUAAAGGGUCAACGACCAAUGUGUCAGUCGCUUUCCAGGCUCUUAGGUCUGGUGUACAUGAGGUUGGUAAAUUCAUGAAGUUGAAACUUCAGUAUGCCACACCUCCCAGUCAGCAACAACAAACAACGGCUCCUCCAUCACCAUCAAAACUACCUCCAGCUACCGUGGAAACCCCCACUGAGGAGUCCCAGACAAACACGUUUCCACGGAGAGGAGAUCGUCGCCGCUUCAAGCGGCCAAUUCUACCUCGCCAACAUUCAUUUUCUUCAUUAUAUCAGCGCUUUCAGAUAUCAGGCAACCGGUCUCGUUCCAAUUCCUUUACUAGCGAUGAUGAAACUCAUUCACUGCCAGGGGAUCUAUCUGAAAGGGGAGAUAUAGCAUCUUGUUCCUCAGUCAGUGGGUCAGCUAGUGUAACCAACAGUCCCAUCAAGAUGCAGAAUGUCCCCAGCAACCAACAGCCUCCUAAACCAUCCAUCAGCAUCGACAAGAUUGCGAAAAGGAGAAGCAAAGUCUAUGUUAUUUGACCUGUAUGACUUAUAUGCAAAAGGCAGGCACAUUCAUGAGGUCAUUGACCUCAGCAAGUCAAGGUCACAGUCAGAAGACCAUUGACCACUCAAAUGUAAGGUUCUUGUGGUCAUGAGGUCAGGUCAAACAGUCCAUUAGUUCCCAAACCAUGUGUCCUUAUUCACAAGAUAGCCAGAUGGCCAAGCAAAGUCUGUUGUAUGAACUGUCCAAUGCAAGGUCAUGCCAAUAUAGUCAGAGGGCAGGUCAGAUCAAAUAAGACACAUAAACAUGUAUUCAACAUUGCCAACAAUUAUGCAGCAACCCAUGUACUUAGCCAAAUGAAAUUGCCAACCAAAUGGAAUUUUGUCGCAUUUUUAAGGUCAUAGUUUAUGGUCAUACAUGUAGGUCAUGCUUUAGGUCUUUAAGGUCAUAGUAAUCCUGUCUGAAUCAACUGGCUAUGGCUAUCAGGAACACAUGCCUUUGGGAAGUGGCUGUAGCUGUUAGCCAUUGUACCAAACUCUAGCCAUAGCUAUAACAUUCAGACGUGGCCUAAUAAUGCUAUAUUGUCCAGUUGCAUGCUGCUACUCAUGGAGUUGCAAACAGAGAUGCAUGAACAUAUAUCAUAGGCAAAAUCACAUCUUUCUUUUUUAUGGAUCCCUUUGUAAGGUUUGGGUUACAGAUAUUGUUUGCUUUUGUAAAAUAUUGAUAUAUGUAUAUACAUGUAUGGGAGCGUGCAAUGAAACUUAUGCAAAUUUUAUUUUCACAGUAUUUCAAGGUUCUGAAAGAGAUGGAAUUUCAGAGACUCUUAAGCUUUCAAGAUGGUGGAGGGUGUCGUAAUGAUCAAGAUCUAGAGUAUGUAUUCUGGGAAAGAAUUCCAUACAUGGACACCACUUGACACCUUGUGCACAAACCCUAUGAGACUGGUCUGAAAAAUUCUACGUAUUUUUGAAGUAAAUGCUUUCAUACUUUCACUCCUAACUUUGACUUUAGGGCAUGCUAUCACUCUCUGAUGGCUAAUAAAUUGCUGCAAGGGGAAAUUAAUGAUGUCUGUAUAUGGAACCCAUAUUUAGUUAACUGACUUGUUUGAUUGGAACCCAUGUUACUUAAGGCUAAGCUUUGAAAAUCUUUGUUUUGGUGAAGGUAGUGGCACGAAAAAUUAAAGAACAUUGCAAUAUGCAGAUUGAGAUAUUAACUUCGAAUGUAAAAAAAUGGAAUUGCCUCUAUUUUUACGACACUACGUGUAGUUACAAAUUUUAAAUAUAACACAUGAAUCUGUUGAUCUUGCCAAGAAUGCCAGUGCUUUGAAUGUUUAGCUGAAGUGAUAAGAUAUGGAUUUAAUUUUCUGGUUAUAAAAGUGUAUAUUUCACUAAUGUAUGUGUGCUUUUUACUAAUGUACAUCACAGUGAGGCUAACGAGGGCAGGCUGAAUCUUUAAGUAUUGGCUGUGGUUAUGAACAGUAUGUGCACCAAUGGAUAAAGCCACUGGGUAGCAGCUACAGUCACUUGUCAUAGAUAUUGUUUCAGCUGGCUGUAGCUCAGACUUCGGCAUACACACUAAGGUUUGCCAGCACUAGACCUGUCCAUUGAGCCCUUCUCUAGUCUGUGAUGUUUCCACCUGUCACAGACAGUAUGUUGCAGUCACCUGUCGGAUGUCUACCAUGCUUGCAUUUACUUACAAUGUGGCAUGUCUGUGUCAUGUUGUGUGACGUUGAUGAUUAAGGGAGGCAACUUGCUAUGUAUCUGUCUUAAUGGAUUGGUCUGUUGGAGGGAGACUGAAUCACAGCCCUUGGAAAAGCUGCAUUUCCAGGAAAGUGAUCACGGAUAACAUAGCCUUACUUUCAAGACCAUGGUGACACUAAUGCCAUUGUGCAAUGUACUUCUUAUUGAAAGAUAUUUCAUUUAUGCAAAGUAGUUCUAAUCAUCUGUCAACAUGUGUGCAAUACUUUAUCAGAGGGAGGAAAAAGUUUUUAGAUUAAGUCUAGAGUAGUCAUCCGAAGUUACACAGGCUUGAUAACAUUUACUUCUUGAACAGAAGACUAUUCCUUGUCUUUGUCUUUUAUGUUCAAGGGUCUUUUGAAGCAUACUUGCAAUGAGUACAGGUGAGCAAACAAAAUAGUAAUCGUACAUGCCAUUUCUGGUGAAAAAAAUCCUAAAAUCUAUAAAUUAUAGGAAUGGUGGACAAUGAAUAAAUAAAUGGCAGUUCACAGUAUAAAAUAGGAUGAUUUGUUCAAUUUAUUGAACAUUCUUACAACUGAUCUAAGUUUGUUUCACAUAUUCGAUAUUUAUUUGUAACUUGCUUAAAGCCUUUGUUCAAUUAGUACAAUUAUGAUAAAUUAACAGCAGCCAUGGUACUUUAAUAAAUUGUCUCUUCUCAAAUGUGACCAAAUCUGUAUAGAUAAAAUUCAUAUGUGAAUAGAAACUUAUGUAGGGGUUUGGAUCCAAUCUUGAAAACACUUGCUACUUUGAUCUUUACAAUGACAAACAAGGUUGGGAUGGAGGUCAAACCUGGACAGCUUGAAAAGCAUUUGUUUCCUAUCAGCAGGAGUGAAUUUGGAUAGGUCACACUGGGAGAUGUUAAAAUCAAAGCUUGGACACCUUUUUAACUUAACCAAUGUCAAUUCUGGCUGCAAAGACUAUUUUCACAAAAUACACUAGCCAUCAACCUGUUUUUAAUUGAUUCACUGUAUAUACAUGUAGAUUUAUACUUGAUGUAAUAAAAGAAUGCACAUCUUUAUAGUGAUA